CUGCACUCUUCGACGAUUCGCUUUAUGCAAAAGCUUUUCAGUAUCUGCAAGCAGAUCAGGGGUUCGCUUACUAUAUUAGGCACCCGAGCUGACUCCGCGAAUCUUCCGCCAAGCAUGCCACGAUGGGUCAUAGUUCAAAUUCAGUGAAAUUGAAGGGUGUCUGAUAUCUUCUUGUUUUUGUGUACUGGUAGAUGUCAUACUCAAGGGAAGCAAGGUCUGCCUCGCCACCGGACUCUAUUUCACCUGUCAGACGUCGUCGAUCAAGGUCAAGAUCAAUUUCAAGGUCAAGGAGAAGUCGGUCCAGGAGUCGUGACUCUGGAGAUGUAGCCAAUCCUGGGAAUAACUUAUAUGUAACAGGAUUGUCCACAAGGGUUACUACCAGUGAUGUUGAAAAGUAUUUUGGCAGGGAAGGAAAGGUUUUGGAGUGCCAUCUGGUUACAGAUCCUCGCACUAGAGAAUCCCGUGGAUUUGGGUUUAUCACUAUGGAAACAAAUGAAGAUGCAGAACACUGUAUCAAGUAUUUGAAUCGUUCGGUCUUUGAAGGUCGAUUGAUAACUGUGGAAAAGGGGGUUGUAUGCCCGUCUUUCCUUCCUUCAUUAGCAAAAAGGAAACGUGGCAGAACACCAACACCGGGAAGGUAUCAAGGUUUAAGAGACAAUAGACGAGGGUAUGGUCGUAGAAGGUCUCGAAGCUUUUCACCUCGCCGGUGGCAAGACAAAGAUUCCUAUUCAAAGAACCGGCGAGGAAGAUCACGCUCUCCAUAUAGUAGGACGGAUGAUUAUGACUCGCACAGGAGGCACAGGGAACGCUCCUGGUCGGCUGGACCUAGUGGCUACACUAGAUAGAGCAAAAUUAUUGAAUAAUAGCGAGUCUCUCUAUCACCCCCUGCAUUUACUUGUUCGUAAACCGGACGUGGGCUUUCCCUGUGAAGCGUGGGAUUUGAGUGUCUUUCGUAAAACAACUCUCUCUCUCUCUCUCGCUCUUUAUGGAAUGUUUGUAUUGUGUUGUAAACAUUUUACGCUACCAGACUAUCAUUCACGCUGGCUUUGUAAGAGUUU